GAAGGUCGAUAGACAUCACGUGCACUUCUCCGUUCUCCCUCUCCUACCCAUCUUGCCUCGGUGUCCGGUGGUAGGGCUCCACUAUGACGAGGGCAUGUCUUCGGUAGUACAUGUACGGUAGGUAGCAAUAUUGGGUAUGUGUGUACUACUUAGCAUGUACUACAGGUACGGGGAAACGGAAACGGCCGGAAGACAUGGGCGAGUACUAUUCGUCAUGGUGAUGAUGUGCGGUGAGCAGCCCAAUCGCCUCGUCAUGGCUUCGCUAUGGACACAUGGAAUUGCUUGGCAUGCUCGCUCUGGUCGAUGUACUAUGUAUGUACGCACAGGCAGAGCAGGUUUCUUGUUCCGAGUGGAGAGGGCAUGUAUGUAUGCAGUAGUAUCGAUAUGUAGAUACAUGUGUGGUGUGUGUUCCCGGGGAGGGGCAGCAUCCUCUUGGUGCGCCGUGUCCAAGCAAGAAGAUAGACAUGGACCAGUACCCAGUACCCAGUACCCAGUACCCAGUACCCAGUACCCAGUACCACGACUCUACAUACACAGUAGACACAUAGCACCACGCACGUAUCCAGACAGGGCUGCAGGCGGGAGGGCGAGCGUCGGGCGCGCGGGGGGAGUUGCAAGCACGAUGCGCAAGCGAGCCAAUGCGCCGUUGCCAGGCGGGCGCUGCUGCCCUCGACAACUGCGCGCGCUGUCUGUGUGUCUGUCGUCGUCGACGGUGCCUGGGCGAGACAGAACUACACCUUCGCCCGCCUUCCAUACUUUCCCAUACCCACACCCACACCCACACAAAUCCCCACUCACACCCUUUGUCUCUGCCUGCCUGUUUGUUCGCCCUAGUCCCCUCCCCUUGUUCUCCAAACCUCCCUUACCUAUCCACGCACACACGCACACACGCACACACACACACACUCUUACUCUCCCAAGAGCCAUCCCGGUAGUGGGGCAGAAAGACCCUUGACAAGGAAAACAACACGUGAACUAGGCUUGUCUACGCUCGACCUUCGUUCGCUGCAAAUUCCCUCCCUACGACAAACCUGUCCACCGCACCUUUUUCUGCCUUUACAUUCCCUCCCUCUUCCUCUCUCUCUCUCUCUCU